CUUGACGCAACCCGAAGAAAAGGUCACGGCUGAGCCUGACAUUUCAGCUCCAGUAUAUAAGUGCCUAGGCUUCAGCGGGAGCGGCAUUCGAUCUCUCGACUCCGCUUACAUCAUGAGGAUCAUUUUGUGUGUGCUUUUGGCUGCCAGUGUGGCUUCCGCCCAGCUUGUCCGGGGCAAUACUGUUGUCAGCUCCAGACCAUCUGUCGGAUCCCCCGCUCCAGUUCCUGAUGCUACACUUGCCGCAGAUCCUCUAGGUAGCGCUGGUGCCACUGCCUCCGCUGGCGCUUCAGCUGGUGCUGGGGCAUCAGCAUCGGCUGCAGGUGCUUCAGCAGCAGCUGGAGCUGGUGCUGCAGGGGCUGCUGCUGCCCCUGGGGGUGGAUUUGGUCCUGCCUUCUUUGGUCCCGGAUUGAAUAACCCCCUGGCACUGCCACCUAACGGGUUGCUUAUCCAGCGUGCCCAGGAAGUUGCAGCUGGAAACCCCAAUGUCCGUGUCUUUGUUGAUGUGGAUGGCACUGUUGAGUUCACUGACCAGUUUGGACGAGAAAUUGAGGUUGUUGACCAGUUCGGGUUUGAUGCCCUGGAACCAAUCGACCCUAAAGAGCAACAGAAGCUUCUUUUAAAGAGCCGCCAACAGGAAUUCAACCUUCGUCGUCAGCUGCUUGAACAGCAGCUUCUCCAGGAAUUCGGUCUGGCUCCUGGUGGUCAGGGCUUUGCUACCGGCGCUCAGGCUGGUGCUGCCCAGGUUGGUGCUGCCCAGGUUGGUGCUCCCCAGGUUGGUGCUGCCCCAGGUGGUGCUGUCCCAGGACUCCAGCGCCAGUUCAGAAUUGUUGUGUAGUUCCAUUUUCAUCAAGAGUCAUCUUCACGUACUGACUUGUCCAGUCUUUUUCACCUGCCUUUAGAUUUCUUCUCAGUUUCACUUCUGCUCUUAUGCCUCAGUAAUUUGGUCUUGGUCUUUCUACCCGUUUCUUGUAUGACUUCUUUUUCUCUUAUCUGCAACUUCUUUAUUCUCUUUUCUGAGGUAUUAUCCUUCAAGCACUCUGCACCAAAGUCACACUUAUAGGUUUACUAGCUACAAGUGUAUUUAAUGUCUGGCUGUACAUGACAUUUCAUAACUUAUUUAAUAAAGUGCUUUAGUUA